AUACAAUUAUUGAUGAAAGAAUGUCUCUUGGUUUACGAAUUUUUGUUUUGUUGCUAUGGUUAUACAUUAUCUUUGUUUCGGCCUUAUUGCUUUUCGCAAAAGGUUUUUUAUUAAAACGUGUUGUUGUGGACAACUCAAGUGUGUGUCACAAAGAUAACUGGAUGGUUGGUAAUUUGUGGAAUGGAAUAUCGGCUCGCAUACAAGUACACCAGAAACCACAACCAGUUUGCUCAAGAAUGCUGAGACCUAAGUUUAAUAAAGCCAUAUUAGUCAUUAUUGAUGGAUUACGAUAUGACUUCUUACAGUACGACAACAACUUGGACUCUUCCACUGCAUUGCCAUUUCAAAACAAAAUGAAAAAAUUACAUCAUAUACUGAAUGAAGAACCAGGACGUGGAAAAUUGUACAAAUUUGAAGCAGACCCUCCUACAACAACAAUGCAACGCAUUAAAGGGAUGACUACAGGUAGUCUUCCAACAUUUAUUGAUGCUGGUACUAACUUUGAUAGCUACCAAAUCACUGAAGAUAACAUUCUUGAUCAUGCUUUACGUAAAGGCAUGAACAUAUCUUUCAUGGGAUGCUCAACUUGGGCCGAGUUGUUUCCCAACCAGUUUCAUAGAAAGAUACCUUUUUCAGCCCUAAAUGUUAAAGAUUUGGAUACAAUUGACUAUGGUAUCAUAAAACAUUUAAUUCCUGAAGUUAAAAGAACUGAUUGGUCCAUACUUAUUGCUCAUUUUCUCGGUGUCGAUCAUUGUGGUCAUCGAUAUGGAACGCAUCACCCCGAAAUGAGUAGAAAGCUUAAUGAGAUGGAUAAUGUCAUCAGAGACUUAGUUGCAAAUAUUGAUGACGAAACUCUAUUAUUGGUAAUGGGCGAUCACGGCAUGACAAUAUCUGGAGAUCAUGGUGGAGAUAGUCAGGAUGAAGUUAUGGCAGGAUUGUUUGUGUAUAGUAAAAAGAAACUUUUCUCUUCAUCGCAGAACUCGCAUGAACUUCCACAAGUUUCACAGAUUGACAUUGUACCUACCUUAUCUCUCCUUUUGGAUUUACCGAUCCCAUUCUCCAACUUGGGGUCUGUCAUUCCAGAUUUUUUCACUGGUGACUACAAUGAGUUUCUACCAACCUUUAUACACAACCAACUUUCUGAAAAUAGAAAAUUAAAAAAUGAUACAAUUUUUAUUGCAAACGUUUUCAAAGAAAUCAACCAUGCCUAUGUAUCGUAUUUAAAUUGUAAACAGAUUUUAUCCUAUGUAAGUCAAUACGAGACUGUUUCUGGAGAUCUUCCAGUCGAACGCAUUGAAGCUGUGAGAACAACAUUUGAAUUCCUUGAAGAAAAGUUUGAUGAAUUUUUAGACGGUCUAGUGACUAUUAAUUGGUCAGAUAACGAAAUCUUAUCCGGGAAACGAACAGAAAUUGAAGAGCUUGUCCAAGAUUUACAACAUAUUCGAAAUUCAUUCCAGGAUGUUUUGCAACACAUGAAGAAUAUUUGCCAAAGUGUCUGGGCAAAGUUCGAUUUGGUUUCUAUUAGUAUGGGUGUAUCCUUAAUGUUAUUUAUUGCGAUCAUUGUUAUUGUUACACCAUACUUUAUAACCGACACUAACUUAAUCGAGUCACGAUUUAUCUACUUAUGUGGUUUUAGUUUAUGCUUUGUUGGUGGUUUUUAUUUAGCACAGUCUUCAGAAUAUGCAGAGUCAGCAUCUUUAUAUGUUUUUGUAGCUACAUCAUUUUCAUUUAGUCUGUGGUUGUUUUCCAGCGGUGUACAUGUUGCAUUUGCAUCAGCUCACAACUUGCUUCUAGUGUGGCGACAAUACAAGUUGAGUCUUUUCGUGUUAUUAUGUUUUGGUGUAUAUUUAGCACAACUCUUUGCAAACAGUUAUAUUAUUUAUGAAGACUCUGUGACUUUGUUUUAUUGCCAAUCAUUUAUUUUGGUGUACAGUAUGCACCAAAUCCUCUCCAUGUUACGUGAUCACAAAUCUAGCAAUGCAAUGAAAAGCAGUCGAAGUUUCACAACAUUAAAAAGUAAAAUGUUGCACUGUUUAUUUAAUAACCAAAGUGUACUGUUUUAUGGAGUCGUCAUAGCAACAAUGUUGUCAUUACGAUGGACCAAAUAUUUUUGGUUUUGUCGGGAGAUGCAGUUGCAAUGUAACAUUUCGCCCUAUUCGUUACCAUUGGUCUCUUUACUUUCUGAAUUUACCAAAGGCUAUGCACACGAACGUUUAUUGUUGGCUUUAGUUGCUGUUCUAUUGUUGACUGGUGUAACAUUUGCUUUUAUUAAGAAAAGAGGAAACUUGAAGGGGUUUGGUCCUAGUGUAUUUAUUAUGAAAUAUGCCAGCAUCACUUUUGGCAUUGCAAUUUCACUGCAUUGGAAUCUGCAGUUAGUGCAAAAUGACAAACUUACCAUGCUGUUUGAUGUGGGUUACUUUCAGCAAAUUGUACUACCCAGAUUCGUAUAUUUUAUGUUUAUUGUUUCUUUAUGUUCGCUUGUAUACAAUCCUUUAUGUUUAUUUGUCAUACAUCAGCACACACAACCGGAAAGCGAACAUUCUAAUACCAUACCUGGACUUUACUCGCAAAUUAAAGAAAAAAUAAAUGGAAAUAUUUAUGGUGAGAGAGAAAAGAAACCGCCUGUUGUAUUUGGCUUAAGGACCCUGUAUUCUUCAUCGUUGAUAAUAUUUUUAUAUUGUUUUAUUAUGGUUGUGUCGUUAAUCUUGACUGAUGGUAUGAGCUUUCCCUUAUUAUUGAUUUGGUGUUCUGGCUACUGGAUGUGUCGUUUGUUUAGUUUUCAUAAUGCAGUGCUGCUGUCUUCGUAUGAUAAAAUGUUUGUAUCCGUUAUAACAUGGGUAUUCUUUUCCUCUUAUGGAUUCUAUGCGACUGGCCAUCAAACUACAAUUCCUGCUAUUCGAUUUCAAUCGGCUUACAUUGGUUUCAAAGGUUCAUUACCAGAGAUUGUACCACAAGUUCUUGUGGUUAUUUUAAACACCUUUUCCUCGCAAAUCGUUUGCACAUUGGCUCUACCAUUAUUGUUUAUACUUGGUCGGCUGACGCCGCAUACAAAGCCGAAUAACAAUGAAAGCGAAUUGGACAUAUUUGAUCAUGAGAGCGUUUCCCGUGUAAAUUUUUUCCGAAUGGCAGUGUUAUAUAUAGGAGUAUUAAUGCUUAAGGUUGCCAUAACAGCAUCAUCGGCUGCCAUUCACCGACGUCACUUGAUGGUGUGGAAAAUAUUCGCUCCUCGCUUUCUCUUCGAGGCGGCGUGUUUUCUAGUAACUGUACCCAUCUUACUUGCGUCUUUCUGUUAUUUUCUUCGCGUCGAUAAUUCUCUUCGACGUUGGAUGAAGAGAUUACAAGAUGUCGUAACCAGCUAGAGUAGUUGUCAUAAUAACGUUUUAUGUUGGAUAGUAUGUUUAGCGUGAAAUAUUUUACGGUACUUUACGAGUUUACGCUAAGGCGUAUUAUUUUGCGAAUUUUGCUCAAAUAAAAUGAUAUACUUGAAUUGAGGUGGGGGAUAGGGGAAGGGGGUUAAGACUACACCUGUGCUCUAAAAGUUGUUUAAACAAAAGUGAUAAAAAAAAAUGUUGCCGAUAAUAAUGAACCUGAGAGGUUGGCAAUUAGUACAGUUGUAGGAAGGGUAAAUUUUAAAAAAUUAACCCAAAGUAUGAAAUAAUUGUCCAAAAUUUGGUGUUGCUUCUCUCCCUUAAAACUAGUCAAUAAGAGUACCCUUUAAAAGCAAAAAUAUCUUACUGUUUUUACUCUUUCUAAUUUUUACGUAUUUAUAAUUUUUUUGUUUAUUUUUAACGUUUUAUAGGUAUUUAUUCUUUAAAAGUACACAUUUUUUUAUAUCAAUACCUUAAGAGAAGAAGUUAUUCGCUUCAUGUAUUUUGUAGGACAGGUAAAAUUGUUGCGGAAUCUUAAAAUUAGAAGAAAGGGAAAGAAACGUUUGCGGUUAACCAAUUUUUAAAGGUUUUUGCGAAACUACUCGUUUUUUUGAAUUUGGACCAAAUUCGCAAACAUAAAUUCCGCAAAGAAUUUACGGAAGAAGUUCUUUUGUUAAUAAUUUUUUCAUUUAAAAUCAAUCAAUUCCUAUUCACACACUCAGUAAAUGAAUAUAACAAGAUU